CUGUCCUACUCCGCCCCCCGGCGGUAUCAAAUACCAGACCAUCUUUCAGUUUCGGGUCACUGUUGAUGGGAGAUGGCGCCGAUUCCGAAGACAGUGGGGCGGAUAAAGCUAGACUGUCCUCUGAGGCCUGGCUGCCCGCUGGGGGUCGCUGCUGUCCCCAAACUCUGCCAGGAAUUCGGUCCUGAGGACUACGGCACCGAGGACAUAGUGGAUUUUCUCCGACGGCUUGUGGAGAGUGAUCCCCGGGGCCUGCACCGGAUCCACAUGGACGGGAGCAGCGGGCGGCUACAGCUGUGGCACCAUGAUUACCUCCUGGAACAUUUCUGUGAUGAGGGGAAAACGCCUGGACAGAGUGACAUGACCAAGGGGGUCAAGGGACUGGGCACCUACUGUGGUCUCCGAAAGUCCUUCCUAUAUCCUCCCCAAGGGUCAGAGCCCUGCCCUCCUAGCCCCCCUGCCUCUGCCUCUGCCUCUGCCUCUGGUGGUUCAGACAGCCUACUUCAGGUGGCCAUGCCCCAGAAGCUCCUGCUGACCGAAGAGGAAGCCAACCAGCUGGCUGAGGAGCUGGUGGCUGAAGAGGAGCGCAUGAAACAGAAAGCAGAGAAGAAACGACUCAAGAAGAAGCGUCAAAAGGAUCGCAAGCGACAGGAGCGCUUGGAGCAGGAGGGUGGGGAGCCCAAAGUCAAGGCCACCCCAAAUGGGGAUGGGAGCCCCCCAUCCAGCCCCGGGAACUCUCCUCAGGGACAGUGUGGUGAGGAAGAGGACUCACUGGAUCUAUCUAGCACUUUUGUGUCUCUGGCUUUGCGCAAGGUUGGGGAUUGGCCUCCCAGCGCCCGCAGAGAGAAGGGACUGAGCCAGGAGCCUCGAGGCAAAAGCCAGAGCCCCCAAGAGAAGACGGGCCAGGAGGAAGCGAGCUCCCCAAUAGAAGAGAGCCCCAGGCAGAGUCCUAAGGCAGAGGCAUCUCCGGGACUGCUGGAAGCUGCCUUACACCAGAGCCAGGAGCUGGCAACGUUGGGUACCAGCUUUGCCCAAAAUGGUUUCUACCACAAGGCUGUGGUUCUCUUCACCCAGGCCUUGAAGCUCAACCCCCGGGAUCAUCGGUUAUUUGGAAACCGCUCUUUCUGCCAUGAGCGGCUGGGUCAGCCCAUGUGGGCCCUGGCCGAUGCCCAGGUGGCCCUUACCCUGCGACCUGGCUGGCCCCGGGGCCUUUUCCGCCUGGGCAAGGCCCUGAUGGGACUGCAGCGUUUUGAGGAGGCAGCUGCUGUGUUCCAGGAGACUCUGAGAGGUGGCUCCCAGCCUGAUGCAGCCCGGGAGCUCCACUUUUGCCUUCUGCACCUCACUCUGCAAGAUCAGAGAGGAGGAAUCCGGGAGCCACAUCUGUCAACUGGGUUCCCUCAGCCAUUUUCCCAAUCUGGGCCGGGCCCCUCAAGCCUCCUGUCUGUCAGUCGCCCUCCAAGCACUGCUCCAAGAGCCGCUGGCCUUCUGUCUCCACCGCUGCAUCAUCCCCCUUGUCUCCUGAGCCACUCCAACUCACCCCUCCCCCCGACUCAGAGCAGACGACCCCACCCUCUCCAUCUCCUGGGCACCUCAAACGGCCCUGGUAUCCUGGGACUUCGGCCCCAGCAUCUACCUCAGGCCAGAUGAUGGAAGACUUGUCCCUCACAGGACAGGCCAUGUGUGCAUCCCCCACUUCCUUGCAUAUCUUGAGACUUUGUAGUCUAAAGCCAUAAUUAAAGAAACCCCUGGUGGCCAUUCCUCUUGCCACAGAGACCUGAUGACAGAAAGGAGCUCCAUGUCCACUUUGAUUCUGAAGCAGAUGGCUUCUUCUGGGGGCAGGAAAGAAAAUAAAAUCCACCAAGACUAUGGAGGGAACUGUACAGAAGUUCGGGUUUUCAGACUAUAACAGACCCAGAAGGGAGCAUAUAGGGCUUGCUCUCUUUUUUGGCUCUGGGGGACUCAUUCACCAGCAGAACUCUAUGCUCAGGAACGGGUUCAGGUGAUGAAUGAGGCCUGAGUUCCCCCCUUCAUCUUGAUAGAUGCUCACAUCUUCCUGAGCCCAGCUCUCACCUUGUUUCUUCUAGUCCCAGCCCCUCCUGCCUUGUUUCCUGUCAUUUGGUGCACAUUCUGACUUCUCCUUUGCCCAGUGGUCUCACCUCCUCCAACUGCUAGAAGAGUCAUCGGGGUUGACAUUUGGGAAGUCCCUUACCAGCAUCUGCCUGGAGGUGGCAGGGUUCGCGCAUCUCCAUGGUGCCCCCCUGCUGGCUCUCCGGCUGAUGGGACCUCAGCAGGCGCCCAGGGUGCUGCUCCCGUGGCUGUCCUCUUUCCCUGCUCCAGCACUGGGUGUUGUAAUGAGCAUUUCCCCACGUCAGUUCACUCAGUAUUUCCACCAAGGGUCACUGCCCCCAAAGAAGGCUGUCGUUCCCUACUUGCCGUGCGAGAAUCAUGAUCUUGUGGUUUCUCCUCUAAGAUCCUGGCAGCUGUGCCUGGCUGCUUCCUCCCUAGCCCUGCCUGGGACUCUCAGCUCACUGAAAUGUGGAUCUGCAGGGGACUCUUGGUCUCCCAGAAUGCCUUGCCCAGAGGAACCAUUCAUCAGGACAAAUGAUUCUUGCCACCCUAUGGUCUUGCUCAACACCAUUCACACCUGUAUAGGAGAUGUUGAAAAACCUCCUUUAUAUAGGGCUUUCCCAAAUUCUUUUUGUUUAUGGAGUAGGCUCCUUAAAUACCAUAUAGCAGAAUGAAGUCUGCCAUCACAAGUUGGGUCACCUUGGGCAGGUCUCUCAACAUCUGUGUCUCAGGUCCCUCAUCCGUAAAAUGGGAGUAAUCCCUACUUCACAGGGCUGUUGUGAGGACUGAAAGUCAAAGUGUGAGAAAAUACCAAGUGCCUCGUACAUAAAGUGUGUUAAAUAAACUGAUUUUUAUCUGCAACAGUCCUACAUAUUCAUGA